CAUAAUAGAAAAAUAUGAAGCUACGUGACUUAUUGCGGCUUGUGGUGCUGUCGUUUGUUUUCUGGCUAAUCGUACUGGAGGUGAUCAUAUUCUGCAACAGUCCUACGUUCACCAAUCUCCUCGAGUUGCUCCAACCGCCGUACAGGGAGACGGUAAACUCCUAUGAGGUUGGGCUGCGCAGUGAGCACUGGGACGAUGAUCGCAUUGCGCGAAUUCUUCAGGCGAAGGUCCGCGUCCAUUGCCUAGUGUAUAUGGACCGAUCGGACUACAAGUUCGGUGCCCAGAAGGCAAGGCAUAUCGAGAAAACCUGGGCUCGUCGCUGCCCUCGACUGACGAUUGUGAACCAAAGAAAUACGACGCUGCUGCGGGCAUAUCGCCAGAUCUACGUGGAAUGCCACAAUGAGCUCGACUGGCUGCUGGUGGUGUACUUGGACUCGUAUGUCGUCAUGGAGAAUCUGCGCCACCUGCUGGCGCAGUACUCGCCCUCUGAGGAGAUCUACUUCAGUGCGCCACAUGCCGCCUAUGUGUACGCCCAUGUGGGUCAGGUGUCCACCACGGACUACAUCUUCAGUAGCGAGGCACUGGAGCAGCUGGCCACGAGGAGCUGCCUGCGGAACGAGAUCUUCUUCAGGGAGUGCUUGACGCGGAUGCGGAAGGGUCCCAGCCAUUGGCUCCUGCCCUUUGAGGUUCGGGCUGAGCUGAUCCCCUACAGCCUGCGCGACAACUUCUGGCUGUGGCCCUGCUCCUUUCGAUUUGUUUACCAUAAUCAGAGCUGGGAGAGCUGCUUUGGAGGAGCAGUCCUCUUUCCGUACUGCCGCGCCAUGCAAAUGUAUGUGCUGGAGUUUUUGCUCUACCACCUGCGUCCUUAUGGCCACGUGAAUCCCCUGCCGGAACUGGGCUCUCCGGAUCCUCUGAUGAGCAUAGCAUCUAGACCGCAGGACGAUGAGCUGGCCAAGUUGAUGUACAGGUCGGUGAGGAUUAUCUGCUUGGUUUUAACCUGGCCCAUGAAGUACAUGAGUGGUGCGCGGGCAGUGAGUGAAACUUGGGGUCGUCACUGCAACCGAGUGGUAUAUUAUGGCAGCUCCACCGUAACUACUGUUUCCGGUUUGCAAAUUGUGGGUCUGAAUGCCACCGAUACGCGCAGCAAGUUGUGGGGCAAAACAAAGGCUGCGUUUCGCCAUGCGUACAGAAACUAUGGCCACGAGGCGGAUUGGUUCUACAAGGCGGAUGACGAUACCUACGCCAUCAUGGAGAACAUGCGCAAACUGCUGAAACCCUACUCGCCCGACAAACCCAUUUACUUCGGCUCCCCCUUCAAGCUGGGAUCCACGCUCUACAUGUCCGGAGGAGCUGGCUAUGUUCUGAGCAAGAAAGCCGUGGAGCUACUGAAUCUGGGCGCCGCCGAGAACUGCCUGCCAGGUGAUGAGGGCACCGAGGACUAUGUGAUGGGCCAGUGCCUGCGGCAAUUGGAUGUCCAGGCGGGGGAUUCCAGGGAUCUGCUCGGACGCCAGCGGUUCUUCUCGCUGUCGCUGGAGCACUUCCUCAUACCGAAUCGCGAUGAGGAGGGCUUCUGGCUGCAGGACUACCUCUACCAAACGUCGGGAACGGGAAUGGAGUGCUGUUCCACCUAUUCGAUUUCCAUACACAACGUCUCUCCCUACGAAAUGCACUUUCUGGACACGAUUCUGUAUAAAAGACGACCAUAUGGACUUCUGGCGGGUCAUCCUCCUCGAAGAAAAUUCAAGAAAAAUGGUCUGAGGAAACAGCAGUAUAAUUUAUGA